AUGGUUUCAUCAGUUCUACACCUUCUCCUUCUCCUUCUCUUCACUAUACUUACUCACACCUCUAGCCUUGAAGAUGAUCUCUCAAAUGAACAACCAAACGGUUUCUUCUUACCCUUUGAAUCCAAUCUCUACGUUGAAGUCACCAUUGGAACCCCAACACGAAACUUCAACCUCAAGCUAGACUCUUCCACACAUCUCACAUUCCUAGAAUGCGACCCUUGCGAUGAUGAUGAACACCAAUGCUCCCUCUCAGACACAACCCGACGCUACGACGGAAAAUCCUCGACCACUUUCUCACCAAUCUCAUGCACCAACUCUUCUCUAUGUCCUCCCCUCUCCCCUAACACCACUAGCCAUGACAACACAACAACAAAAACAACUUCUCUGUCUCUUCUUUGCACUCCUUCCAACUUCUGUCGCUACGAUGUCUCUUCUUUCAGCGCUGGCUACCUCGUUUCCGACACCCUUCAGUUAACUUCUUCGAUAACCGACCAAGAGAACUCUCUCUCUGUAGUUCGUGGGUUUGUCUUUGGCUGCGGGACUAGCAACCGUGUGACGCCUGAGGACGAUGGAGGUGGAGUUGAUGGGAGAGUGAGUCUAACCACUCAUCAUUUCUCGCUUCUUUCUCAGCUCCGUGUCACGAGAUUUUCGCAUUGUUUAUGGCCUUCCUCUGCCGGCUCGCGUAACUACAUUCGUCUAGGAUCAGCGGCUGAGUUUGGAGGCGAUAUGAUGUUGGUUCCGAUGUUAGAUACGACGGAGAAGAACUCUAACUCGUAUCACAUUCCUCUCUUAGGGAUCAGUCUUGAGGAACAGAGAAUGAGAAGCAACGAGACUAGUACAAUAGCAAUAGACAUUGGCACGUACUAUACGCGUCUAGAGACAUCACUCUACCAGAAGGUGAAGGAAGAGUUAAUGACGCAGAUUGGACCAACGGUAGCAUAUGAGGUGAACGAACUAACGUGUUUCACAACCGAAGUUGGUUUAGAGAUAGAUUCAUUACCCAUUCUCACUCUACAUUUCCAAGGGUUCAACUACACGAUCUCAAACAAAGGUCUUUAUCUCCGAGACAGCCCUUCUUCUUUCUGCACGGCUUUGGUCAGAUCGACCAUGGAGGAUAAGGAAAAGAAUGUGUUGGGAGCAUCAGGGCUGGUUGAUUAUGUAGUUGGCUAUGAUACUUCAGAUAGGGUGCUUGCCUUUCAACAAAGAGAUUGUUUGGCCGCUUUCGUAGAUGGUAUUUAG